GGGAAAUAUCUUGCUUCUCCGAAACCAAUCUCACCUCACGUACUGUCCCUUCUUUUCUGAUUUAUAAGCCCCUAAAAUCUGUGAACGUCUUUAAUCCUUUAUGUCGUCUUCAGCUAUACUUAAAAAACAAGCAUCUGUUUUGUAAUGUAGGGAGUGGUUGGAAAAGUGUAAUCCUUGGGUAGAGUGCAGCUCUAUGAUACAUCUACCUUUGUCAUUUCCCACCACUGACUUCUAUUUUUUGUGUCGUAGCCUUUAUCCGGAUGAAUGGAAAUUGCUAAUUGGUGAGGCUCCGUAAUUCGUAGAAGGUGAAAGAAGCGGUACAUGCGCAACAAGGUGGUCAACGUGGGCUCUCCGUUGUUCACAGCCUUCUCACAAAUUUGUACUCUUGUCUAAGAUCGCUGCCACUGCUUCGGUCCGACUGAAUAUGGAGUCAUUAGAGUCAUUAGCUAAGUGGCUGAAUAUGAAUGGACGGGCUCGGCGCUCGUCGGGGCGCCUCAUUAUGCAAGCGCAUUUAAAGAAAGCAACAGGCGGGGGGGCAGGGAUUCAAAUUCCAAGUGGAAAGUUGCUCCCGCGGUGAGCGCCGAGUGGGGUUAUAAAGGAGGCGCCGAGCACGGCCGAUGAGAGCACAAACCCCACCAUGGCCACUGCGCACCGCCAUCCGCGGAUUGCUUUAGUUCUUCUCGCGAUGAUGACCAGCGAGAUCGGAGUCGGGGCCAGUGAAUUUGGAGCACAGUCACCCCGGAGCUCGGCGAGGUCACAGGGAGAGUCUUUUCGUGCGGACCUCCCGAGGCGGUGGAUGCGAGUAGCGGCGGAUGAUCGCCGGGGACGCUGCGCGGAGCUCACAGCGUCCUGGCAGGAAAAUUCACAACAACGCGACCCUCAGGAUCAUUCGACCGUGGUGCGCCUCAGGGUCAGGCCUCUGUCUGCUGGAGUUGCCCGGGGCAGCGUGUUCCCGGAGAAGCCGCUCUUCAGUUUCGUGCGACGGAUCUAUCGGUGCUGUCAAGACGGACUUGACUGCAGGAGCGUCAAAGGAAUCCAGGGCCGUUUGAGGGGUUCGGAUGUCGAGUUGCUUCUCACCAGGGAGAUUUUAUCUUUGAGAAUAAAGCGAGCUGAGCUUCACCUUCAACUGACAAAUCCACAACAGGCGGACAUCCGUCCUGUGCUUCUCUCCAUGGCAAAAAGCAACCUACCCACAAGGUUUCUUUCAAGGUCCCAUGGUAACACAGUGGAGCUGCGAGUGGAUCUGCUGUUCUAUUUCCAAAGUCUACAGGAGGCGGCAGGUGGUCCCGGACUAGGUCGCCUCUUGGUGGACAUGCGCAAGCUCACACUUUCCACACCACAUAAAAAGCUCGCUCGGCUUAAUAUCCAGCCCAAUGGUGGCGAUGUGUGGGGGGGGCUGGGCUUGGCCUUCGGUUGCAGUCAGGCCGGGUUCACCGUCCUCUGUGAAAGCAGCGGCGUUGGCCUCCUGCACUCACCUUUCGUGACUUUGUACUACUUAUGAGAUCCAAACGACUGACAUUGGACUCAACUUCGCUGAGCCGUUCCCUUUCGAACUCUUUAAGUUUACAGUGAUUUGACUUGGAGCCGAGAAAGAAAUCAUGCACUUCCAAAUCAAAUAUAUUAACUUAU